GCUAAAUGCUAUCAGGCUGCGUUCGAAAUGCCCGUCGCCGAUUCGCCCGUCUGCGUCGUCAUCGGCUUGGUCGUCUGGUCGGCGUUGCUAUGGAGCGAGCGCGUCACUUCAGGCGUCGGCUUCUUCCUGCUGAGACCGUCGUUCAAUUUCUCGCCGCCAGGUGACAAGUCGCGCAGCUGCGUGCAUCCGGACUUGAUGCGCGACAGCGGCGUGUUGGACGCCCUCUACCGGCCGUUGCCACCGCUACAGUGCCGCGCGCACGAGUGGGUGUACACGCACCAAGGAGGGCUCCACUACAACAAGACGGCGCUGCGAGCGUUGAACGUGACACCGGACAGCGUCACGUGCACGUACGCGGCGAUCGAACGCGUCAGCGACUUCAAAUCUAAACUCGCAGACGAGAAACCGCUGCUAUACAGCGGUAUGCUCGUGCCUCACGACUUUUUUCGGGUAACGUGUCGAGGAACGACUGAGGGACAAUCCCGCUUCAACAUAUUCACAUCCCAGCCAAGUUACGUCAACUACCACGCGCAUGUCGCCUACGACGAAGUCGCCGUCGCCAAACUAGCGCCCUCUAGCGGAAACGGCGGACUUCAACUUGACGUCAUCAUGAUCGGCAUGGACUCCGUGUCGCAGGUUGCCUGGCAACGGAUGCUGCCGCGCACGUACGCGUACAUGACGUCAGUACUCGGCAGUGUGUUGUUGAAGUCGUACAAUAUCGUGGGAGACGGCACACCGCAGGCACUCACGCCCAUGUUGACGGGCAGGAACGAGUUAGAACUGCCGACGGUACUGAAGCGAGUCCGUACGUCGGACACCGUGGACGUCUACCCUAUGAUAUGGAAGCAGUUUAAGGCGGCCGGCUACCUGACGAUGAUGGGUGAGGAUCACCCGGGAAUCGGGACAUACCAGCUUCGAAUGCGCGGAUUCGAACACCAGCCGACCGAUCACUACAUGCGCACUUUCUACCUGAAGCUCGAGAAUGCGCUCGCCAGGGAGCGCGAGCUCUGUCUCGGUGCGCGGCCUCGACACCAGGUGGCGCUCGCCUACCUGCGCGACUUCGUGUUCGCGUACCCGAAUCUGCGGAAGUUUGCGUUUCUGUUCUACAAUGAAUUGUCGCACGACGACCCCAGCCGACUGCAGUACGCCGACGGCGACAUCUUGCGGCUGCUGCGCGAACUACACGACGGAGGUGCGCUGAAUAGAACGGCGUUGCUGUUGUUCAGUGAUCACGGAACGAGGUUCAGUAAGUUCCGUGCUACGUCACAGGGAUUGCUAGAGGAACGAAUGCCCUUCGUGUCGGUCACGCUACCGCCCUGGUUCCCGCGUCGGCAUCCGGACAAGUGGCGCCAUCUACAGGAGAACAGCAACGUGCUGACGACGCCAUACGACAUUCACGAACUGCUCGUCGACGUUGUGGCGUCCCGCGAGAGGGCGCCAGCGGCGAUGGGUCUACUGCCGCGCGGGAUCAGCCCCCUGGCGGCUAUAACGCGCGAUAGAUCUUGCGAGGAUGCUGGUGUGGACAUGCACUGGUGCGCAUGUCUGGCGUGGGAACCCGUGCCCGUCGCAGACCCCAAAAUACAGACGGUUGCUAGCGGGUUGGUCGACUACAUUAACACGUUAGUGGCCACCGAGGCUGACGCAUGCGCAGAGCUGCGACUUUCGCACAUCGUCAACGCCUCGAGUUUCAAACCCAACAGUCGUCUGCUUUCCUUCUCCAAGACCAAAGACGUCGAUGGCUUGAUUCCGGAAUUCCACAACCGUCCGGACGUCGUCCGGAUCGACUAUCGCGUGACGGUCAGCACGGAGCCUGGAUCCGGAUUGUUCGAGGCGACCUUGACCCUCUUGAAAGGUCAGCUUGAUCAGGUGGACGCCAGUCGCAUCAGCAGAGUGAACAAAUAUGGCGACGCACCUCAUUGCAUUAUGGACACGCGAGAAGAUCUGCGGAAAUACUGUUACUGUAAGGAUUUAUUGAAAUGAUGGGAUGCGGGAAAAAAAGAAGACGAUGGAGGGAGCGAAUGAGAUCCCGAUAGACAUAUAUCGAUAGUUGGAGAGGAAACGAGCAAGAGCCAGAGAAAUAGAGAGUGAAAGAGAUAGAAGAAAAUGGGUGGGAGAGGACGAGAGGG